AUGAGUACUAACGCAUCUGCGGAAGCGCCGCUCGAACGCCAUACAAGCAGCUGUAGCAAAGGGACCGAGGCAGCGCACCGGCACAUUUCGGAGUCGUCUUCUUCACCUGCUGUGAAGAUCCUGCCCCCUCAGCAGCAGCAGCAGCACCCGCACCCGCAGCCGAGCGUGCGCAGUCUAGGAGGGCUUGGGGCUUCUAACUUGUACGGCCCAGGAGGCAGGCGUCGGGCAGGUGCCCCGUUGAUGCCAACGUCGCGGGCAAACCCAAGGCCCUCGCGUNACUUGUACGGCCCAGGAGGCAGGCGUCGGGCAGGUGCCCCGUUGAUGCCAACGUCGCGGGCAAACCCAAGGCCCUCGCGUGGCAUGAACUGGGACCACGGCGUUAACGGUGGAGGUGGUCCAGCCCAUAGAGACCCUUGCGCGAAUGGCGGGUCUGGUGCUGGCAGACUCACCCCUACCCCUCUCUCCAAAACUGAGAAGGCACAGGUGUUGGCUGCAGACGCAUCGGCGGGGGGCGUGCGCGAUGGUGUGGCGGGGGCGGCGGCAAUUACUGACGUUGAUUGCGCUGCGUCGUCGGAACCCGUUCAAGAACGCGAUGUAGAAGAGAAACUACCUCAAGGGAAGGUGGGAAACAAAGGAGGGCUGUCUUCACCUAAUGGGGCAACGAGGGACAGACUUGUGGCAGCAAAUCAAAGCAAUCAUGGGAAUCAUUAUGAGAGCCCAUCAAAAACUACUGUGGAGGCCGCGGCGCUGACGGUGGAGGCGGCACGCGACAACGGUGGACAGACACGGGAAAAGAGCUCCACAGUUGCAGUCAAGCAGGACCAAGGACAAGUGGAGCAUCAGCAGCAGCAUCAAAGUCAGCAUCAUGCAUCCCCUAGUAAAGUGGAACCCACAGUCAAGGUUCACCACGAGCGCUGUGCCCCCGAGGCCCUUGCAGCCGCUGCACCCGCGCCUGUUGCCUCCGCCGCGCCAGCAAACUGCUCCCGCCCUGCUGUCGCACUCAGCGUUCACUUAGUUGCGCUCUACAAGAGAGUAAACGAAGCGUAUUGUAGGAAGCGGCGAAUGGAGGUUCCGGGACCAAAGUACAAUAAUGGUUUUGAUGAUAAGGAGGGUCACUACCUCGUGCUUUCCGGUGAGGAGAUAUUUAACCGAUACACCGUCCAGGAGGUGCUUGGUAAAGGUAGUUUCGGCACCGUCCUUCGCUGCAUCGACGAAAAGCGUCGCGAGAACGUGGCGCUCAAAAUAACUCGCCACGGCCUCAGUUUCCGCACCCAAGCAAAACUAGAGCUGGAUAUUCUGCUAAAGUUGAACACCAAUCCCAAUCUUAAUCACCUUGUUGUUAAGUUGUUGAAGGUUUUUGAUUGGCAGGGUCACCUUGUGCUAGUGUUUGAGCUUCUCAGCUUCAAUCUGUACCAGCUCAUCAAGUGCACUCGCUAUCACGGUGUCACGCUAGAUUUGGUGCGUAAGUUUGCGUACCAGUUGGUUCAGUGCCUCUACCAGCUGGAACAAGUGAAGCCGAGUCCCAUUAUUCAUUGUGAUAUCAAGCCAGAGAAUAUCUUACUGAAGAACCAAAAUCGUAGCGGCAUCCGUCUUAUUGACUUCGGCUCGGCGUGCUACUUGAACAAAGUUGUUCACAGGUACAUCCAGAGCCGUUACUAUCGUAGCCCAGAGGUGAUAAUGUAUUUGGAAUACGGAACAGCUAUUGAUCGAUGGUCACUGGCAUGUGUGCUCAUUGAAUUACACACUGGCAUGCCACCCUUUGAUGGGCGAACAGAGGCGGCACAGCUUGCUCGUUUUGAGGCCAUGCUUGGGCCGAUGCCGGUAGAUAUGUUGGAGGCGUCGCCGAAGACAGCGAAGCUCUUCGAGAAGACGGAUUCAGGAUACAGGCUCAAGGAGCCGCCGCUCCCAAAGCGUUCACUAGAGAGCGUUCUGGGUGUCACGACGGGUGGGCCUCGCGGUUCACGCAAAGGACAGCCAGGGCACAGCGAAGAGGCAUACCGUCAAUUUCAGGACUUUCUAAGUCGCUUGCUGCAGUACAGGCCGUCGGAACGAAUGAGUUGCCACGACGCACUGCGGCAUCCGUUUUUGGAGCCGCUGUGGGUGUCGGACCAGCAGCUACACCACCACCGUGCGCAGCAGCAGCAGCAGCAGAAACCAGAGGAACUGCUUGCGGUUCCUCAGCAGCCGCAGGCGCCGCCUCGUGGGGAGGGGUGUAAGUAA